AUGUCGAUCGGGAGUUUGAUUCCUGUGUGGAAGCUUCCCGACCGGUCCCUUGACAAGUUGACUCCGAGUCCCUGGGGCCAGAACCGUGGUAGGCGCAAGUAUUCUAUGACAAUUGUUGGUCCAACAUGGAAGUGGGCUCGGACGUGCCCCGGACAUCUCAUUAGCAAAGGAUUCGAGAUUGCGAAGCAUCAUUUGAGAAGCGAGUAUUAA